GAUAAUAAGAGAUGUGAUACUACCAAUUUUAAGAAAGUAUUGGCAAUGAAAAAGGUAAAUGAAUAUGAGAUAAAACCAAAGAGUAAAGGCAUAAAAUUCGAACGUUCACUUUAUCUCUAA